CGUCUCUGAAAUGAAUAACUUGACUGUUGAAACCGAAGAUACUUUUGCCAGUUUGCUUGACUUUGCUGCUAACAAUGACAUUGAGGGCUUUGAACGGUAUAUUGAGUGUGACCUUUCGGGCAUUGAUGAGGUCGGGUUAUGGUAUGGCCGUCAAAAGGGGUCGAAACAGAUGGUCCUAGAGCAUAGAACUCCAUUAAUGGUUGCUGCUACAUAUGGUAGUGUUGAUGUUGUCAAACUGAUUCUUUCAUUGUCUGAUGUUGUUGUCGAUGUCAAUCAACCGCAUGGCCUUGAUAGAAACACGGCGCUUCAUUGUGCUGCCUCAGGCGGUUCUAUGAACGCAGUUGAUGUUAUGAAACUUCUCUUAGAAGCCGGUGCUGAUCCUAAUAUGAUCAAUGGCAAUGGCCAUUAUCCUAUUGAUGUUAUUGUAGUGUCCCCAAAAUUCCAAGACCUGAAAUUUUCUCUUGAGAAAUUUCUCACAACCAAUGAUUCUGUAUCAACCGCCACUUCGAAUUCUAAUUCUCCACCGCAAUCACCAUCCCUAUCAUCAUCUUCGAACUCCAAUUCUUCCCCCAACAGUUCUAAGUUCAUCAAUGUUACUCUUUCAGAAAAGAAAGAAUACCCAAUUGACCCGUCCAUGCCAGACAUCAAGAACACCAUCUAUUCAACCGAUGAAUUUCGAAUGUUCUCAUUUAAGGUCCGGCCUUGUUCUCGUGCCUACUCUCAUGAUUGGACCGAUUGCCCAUUUGUUCAUCCGGGUGAAAAUGCUCGAAGAAGGGACCCAAGGAAAUAUCACUAUAGUUGUGUUCCUUGUCCCGAUUUUCGCAAAGGGGCUUGUCGAUUAGGGGAUAUGUGUGAAUACGCGCACGGUGUUUUUGAGUCCUGGCUCCAUCCUGCUCAAUAUAGAACUCGCCUUUGCAAAGAUGGCACAAGUUGCAAUAGGAGAGUAUGCUUUUUUGCCCAAACACAACAAGAACUCCGACCCUUACAUGUCUCUACCGGUUCUGCUAUAAUGUCCCCCUCACCGUUCACUCCACCCUUGUCUCCAUCUACCAAUGGCAUUUCAAACAUGGGUUGGCCCCAUCCAAAUGUCCCGGCAUUGAAUCUCCCAGGAAGCAACAAUCAUCAAUCAAGUAGUCGCUUACGAUCAUCCCUUAAUGCAAGAGACUUUGCAUCAGAGGACUUAGAUUUGUUGCCUGAUUUCGAUGUGCAGCAACAACAGCUGCUCCAAAAUGAACUGUGUCGCUUUUCUCAAUUGGGUAUUAGUAAUAAUUCUUUGAACUGUUCUGCUGAGAGCUCUUCUCCCCGGUUUUCUGAUCAGGCACUGGCUUCAUCUGUUUUCUCCCCAACACACAAGUCAGCGAUUUUCAAUCAGUUUCAGCAUCAGACUAUUUCGCCAAUGAGCCCUCGGGUUUCAUUGCUUGCUCAACACGAGAAGCAAAAACAACAGUUUCGCAGCCGUAGUUUCCGUGAUCUUGGCUCCAAUUCUGCUAGUGAUUCAUGGUCAAAAUGGGGCUCAUCCAAUGGAAAGCCGGAUUGGUCUGUUAAUCCUGAUGAAUUUGGUAGACUUCGCAGAUCAUCGUCGUUUGAGCUUGGAAACAAUGGAGACGAGCCUGAUUUAUCAUGGGUUCAAUCACUUGUCAAAGAAUCUCCACAAGAAGUUGCAGAUGCAGCUGGAUUUUUGAGCGAAGGCUCGAAUUUGAACUCCUAGAUUGAAGCAAAUGAUCAGUCUGUUCUGGGUGAUUGGAUGGAGCAAAUGCAGCUUGAUCAGCUCAUGGCUUGGUAAAACCUUGAUCAUGUUUUACCUAUCUUGAGCAUGAAAAGCAGCGCGUUUUUGGAAAACAGUAUAUGUUUUUGGUGUUUUUUUAUGCAAUUGCAGGUUGUUUUGUGACAGAUUUCCCAAACCCAAUCAGUUUCAAACUUAUUUUCCAAAUCCAAGUUGUUUCGUGAAGUUGUAUUUUCUAAACAUGACUUUAGGAUUUUGAAAGCAAAACUUUAACCCAAAAGUCGACCAGUUAUAUUUUGACACAACAUUAGGGUUGUCACUGUUAAAUUUUUUGUAUACAUGUUUUGAAACAACACUUCAACCCUAGCGUAGACUUCGGCCCU